AUGAGGAUUUACGUAACAAACUACAAUUUAUUUAAGGAAGAGGCAAAUAAAAAAAUAAUUGGGAUAGUCCAAACCAAAAGAUAAUAGAAGGUAGGUAAAAGGAAGUAUCUAUAUUUAGCUUUAAUAGACAGACAGCUUUUGUUAGCAAUUAAGUUAUUGAAGGAUUACUUAAUUUUAACUUAGAACAACUUUCUCAACUUUUCUAUUCCUGUUUACGAUUUCUCAUAAGGAUCUAAUGACCCUAAUUUUAUAAUCUAACCUUGUUAGGUCAUAAUACCAUUUGAAUUAAAUGUCGCUGAUAAACUGCCUUCUUCAAUGAGAUUUUUCAGCACUGAAUAUAACUAAUGCUAAAUUAAAUAUAGCUUAAUCGCUUCAAUUAUACCUACAGAAGCAAACUUGAAACCAGUUUAAGGAAUAUAAGAAAUAUUUAUUGGAUAGUAAAUUCCUACUUUAAAUUUGCCUAACACUACUACUUCUACUUAAUAGCCUGUUGUAUGCUGCUGCUGUAAAUCAGGUUAGAUUAACUAUAAUAUAACAACAAACAGCAGAUCUUUUGCACCAAAUGAAUCAAUUCAAAUUAAAAUGGCAAUUGAUUUUAGCUAAUACACUAAAAAAGUGUAAAGUUUAAAUGUCGAAUUGCUUGGAUAAGUUACUAUGAAAGCAGACAAUAAUUUUAGAGAGAAAAAGUUUAAAUUAUAUGAAAAAAUAAUGAGUGUAAAAGUAGAAAAUUCUCAAUAAAUUAAUUAGGAAGUGUCAAUAUAGGUGCCUGGUGAUAUUACUUUGUCCUCUUAAGGAUAACUGCUUUCAGUAGUUUAUAGCCUAAGAAUAAUUCCUAAUAUAAAUACAUGCUGA